AUGAGAAUUUGGGAUUUCGCUAUCCCAUUCUCCCAAAUUCAGUAUUGUGAAAUCUUCUCCCUCCCAAAACCUCUGGACCCUAAUCUCAACGGUGGCCAUUUUUUCGCAAUUCCCGCUUCUUCCCACUUCUCUCUCCUCCCCUCGCCGCCGCACACCGUCUCCCUCCUCUUCGCCAAACCCCAACACCACCCCUUCCUCCUCUACGCCAAAUGCAAACCCUCUGAUGACAUCGACACCUCCGACAACGUCAACCCAUUGGAAGACAUUGACUUCAACCCCCUGGAGCCUGCGGAGGGAUUUGUCGCCCCUCCCUCCUUCGACGAUGGCCCCCUCAAGACGGAGGACAAGAUCGCCGCAACAUACGAGGAGCUCUACGGCCCUACCUUCAACGGCGUUUCCGUGCUCGGGAAUGACGUCUUCGAAAUGGACGCCCUGGUGAAGCGGGACACGGGGUUCGGGUCCAACUCGAAGAAGGAGAAGGUCCGCGACGGGUUCAAAGAUAGGGUGGUCCAGGUGAGAAGGGUGACGAAAGUUGUUAAGGGAGGGAAGCAGUUGCGCUUCAGAGCUGUCUUCAUUGUCGGCAACAAAAAUGGCCAAGAUUGCAUCGGAGUUGGCAAGACCAAGGAAGUCGUCGCCGCCAUUCAAAAGUCUGCAUCCAAUGCCGGGAGGAACAUCGUGAAGGUGCCAAUGACUAAGUACUCCACUUUUCCCCACAGGUACACAUUCAGUUUUUGCUUAGAAUGUUAUAGUUCUUUUCCCCACAAGUAUAUUUAA